GCCGGGCUGGGAUGGUAGGCGACACGAGAAGGUGAACAACGACACACGAGCAAACAAAGUUGUAGAUCGCUUGCGGAAGCGAAUGACGAGUGGGCAGUCAGUGGAGGAGUUUGGAUUGGGACAGCAGGAUGGGAGGGCAGGGUGAGGAAUGCGGGUUGAGUGCGGACGAAGAGAGAAAGGUGAGGAAUGGGGCGGCGACGACAUGGUUGGUUUGGCAGCAGACGCUGGACGGACAGGCCUGGGGCUGCUGCUUGUGCUUGGAGAGUUUGCACGUAAGAGGGCGGCGGGCGGCAGGUCUGCGCCCAGGAGCAUCUAGAACAUGUCCCGAUGCUGUGGAGGCCUUUGCGUGUCCAUGUCCAUGUAGCUGCUCCGAGCGUCCGCCUGGAUGGAUGGACGCAUCUGGGGCGCGAUAGCUGCUUCACCCAGCCCAGCUAGCCACAUUGAGCG